GCUUUGACUGAACCUUAUUUCUGUGACCCGACCCGUGGGUCUCAGUAAUUCGGGGGACACGAGGAGGGUCGCAACCUGAGAAUAAAGAAUGGGCGAGAGAGAAGACAGGACUCAAGGAAGCAUUGCUUGUCAAGAGCCGUUUACUAAAAGCAGCACAUCUGUUGGAAUGUACUUCUACAGAAGACCAGCUAAAACAACUAGCGUUGUGGGGCUGAGCAACUACUAGAUUCUUGGAUUUCCAAUUCACAGCUGACUGUUGUUGGGGAGUUGGACUACAGGCUAUUCUCUGUGUAACAGUUUUGGAUGUUCUUGAACUAGCGCUGUAGACCAGGCUGUCCUCAAACUCACAGAGAUCUACUAGCUGCUGCUUCACAAGUAUAUGAGAUUAAAGGAGGAGACUUUGCCAUUAGGCGAAUUGCAGCAACUCAAGUCUUGUCUGCAUCUCUGUGGUGGAGCCUUUAGGACAAACUCUAUAAUCAUGGAGGGGUCUUCAGGAAACUCAGUUUCAAGCCAGCCUUUGAUAGGAAGACUCAGAAGAAGUAUGAUAUCCAACAAAUUACAGAAUAGAAGACAGAUCCAGGUUGCCAAACAUAGAACUUCCAAAGAUUGUAAGAGGUUGACCAGUUGCAUCUUUCCACAGCCUGUGACCAUAAUAACUUCGUACUCUAAGAAUAAAACCAGGUACAGAAGAGAGGAAGCUAAGCUGAAAAAACCCAAGCAGCUCUGUGCAAUGAAUAGAUUUCAGAAACAUCAAGUUGGAGACAGUAAAGGGGACCUAUCAUGUCCAUUGAAGCUGACAAACCCUGUAGAAAGAAUUGCACUGGGAAUGCAGGAUGAAACCAAUGACCAAAGCUGUGUUAUGGAUCAGCUCCCUCCUGGAGAAGUCACCUCUUUCCAACCACCUUGCCUAGAAAAGACUGAACAAGAGGCUCUUCAGCUCUCACCAUCUUUCUCCAGUCGAGGCGUAACAAUACCAGUGCCACUUCAUCUGUUACCAUAUUACUGCAUGCAAAAAGUAACUACUGCAGACAUCCUCAGACAGACCUGGAAGGUAAAGAAAGCCAGGAAGAGACUGGCAGAAGCCUUGGAGGCAGACAGGCUUGCCAGGCAGACAGAGAACAUGGGGGAGCAAAGAGGAGUGGAAAACAUGUGUUAAGGCCUCUGUAAAUUAUUGAAGAACUUUUUUUUUUUUUUUUUUUAGUUUUGGUUUUGGUUUUUCAAGACAAGGUUUCCAGAUGUAAUCCUGGUUGUCCUGGAACCCUGUCUAUGUCUCACCCAGCAUUACUUGUAUUUCCUUAAAUAACAAGUUUAAUAUAUCCAACUCUUUUAAACUUUUGGGAAGGCAAAAAAUAUAAGCAGUAGUGUUUUAAAUAAUAUUGUUUCCAGUUUGGAUAGAAAUAUUAUGUAAGAGAAUUUCUGUGAAAACAUCCUUUUGGUCAGUUGUGAUCCACAGUGGGACUCUAGAAUAGAUUCAACAGCAACCCACAGAGCAAAUGGAAUGCCUUAAUUUAUAGAAUUUAGACGAGGAGGGUCUAUGUAUUUAGCAGCUAGUUUUGUGAAGCUACUAGUUAAAAAAGCUUAAUUUAAGCUAAGAAGGCCUUGUGGCCUCGAGGCCUUAAAUUACUUCUCUUGCCCUCUGCCAUGGGACUGCUACCUGCUAGGUGUUUAGGUUUAAGCCUGGUCUUCUGAUUUGCCUCAGGCCUGGGAAUCGAGAGAAGCCUCAACAGGUAUGCUAAUCUGCUUUUAUGUCUUAUCAUUUAAAAUGUAGAUCUGUUUGUAUUAAGUUUACUGGGUGUAGCGCUCUUUCCUCAAAAUUGUUCAAUUUCAGGUUACAAGUUUUUAAAAUUUGAUGAUUAUUGGAGUCUCACUAUGUGGGUCAGGUAGGCCUUGAAUUCGAUCUUCCCAGUAUAGCCUGAUGAAUGUUAUGAUUACAGGCAAGAAUCCCAUACCCAAUUGUAGUUAUUUUUAUUUACUUUCAGUCUAUAAGAAUAAUCUAGUCUGAAGGGUUUAGUGUUUUAAGUUGUUAACACUAUUAAUGAACAGUGACCCAUGUGCUAUAGCUUUCUACACCAUUGUCUUGGGACUUGUUUGUUUUUGUGGAACUCUAUGUUGUAAUCCUAAACUAUCAAUAAAGGUUUUUAUUUUAAAUACAA